CUUCAGGCCGGAAGGAAGGAAGGUGGGGCAAGUCUCAUUUUAGCAUAAGUAAGUGGGUCCUUGAGGAGAAGCGUGAGAGGCGGAAGCGUGUCUUUGUGAAACUGCUGGCAAAGCGGAGGGGAUGGGCGUCUGAAGAAGCCUUCGGAAGGGACCCGUAUCGUUGUGACACCGCUGGCAUUCUCUGAGGGACGCCUGUCGGUGAGGCACCGGUGCACGCCGAAGGAGCGGAUGAGAUUGGGUGACCAUGGGGAUGUGGGCAUCGGUGGACGCUAUGUGGGACUUCCCUGCGGAGAAGCAAAUCUUCGGGGCGGUGUUGCUCUUUUCUUGGACCGUGUAUUUUUGGGAGGCCUUCCUAGCACAGCGGCAGAGAAGGAUAUACAAAACAACGACUCACGUACCACCAGAGUUAGAACAGAUCAUGGAUUCGGACACAUUUGAGAAGUCUCGACUGUAUCAACUGGACAAAAGUGCAUUCAGCUUCUGGUCAGGACUCUACUCAGAGGUGGAAGGCACUUUUAUUCUUCUCUUUGGAGGAAUCCCUUAUCUCUGGAGACUGUCUGGACGGUUUUGUAGUUCUGCUGGCUUUGGACCAGAAUAUGAGAUCAUUCAGUCCUUGGUGUUCCUGCUGUUGGCCACACUCUUCAGUGCACUGACUGGCUUGCCCUGGAGUCUGUACAAUACUUUUGUGAUAGAAGAAAAGCAUGGCUUCAAUCACCAGACUUUGGAGUUUUUUAUGAAAGAUGCAAUCAAAAAAUUUAUUGUGACUCAAUGUAUUUUAUUGCCUGUGUCUUCCCUUCUGCUUUACAUUAUUAAAAUUGGAGGUGACUACUUUUUUAUUUAUGCCUGGCUGUUCACAUUAGUUGUCUCUCUGGUUCUUGUCACUAUUUAUGCUGACUAUAUUGCCCCUUUGUUUGACAAAUUCACACCUCUGCCGGAGGGAAAGCUUAAGCAGGAAAUUGAAGUGAUGGCAAAGAGUAUUGACUUCCCUUUGACUAAGGUGUAUGUUGUUGAAGGAUCUAAGCGCUCCUCUCACAGCAAUGCUUACUUUUAUGGCUUCUUCAAGAACAAGAGAAUAGUUUUGUUUGACACUCUACUAGAAGAGUACUCUGUACCAAACAGAGAGAACCAGGAGGAGCCUGGAAUGGAACCCCGCAAUGAAGGCGAAGGAGACAGUGAAGAAGUAACAGCUAAAGUGAAAAAUAAGAAACAAGGAUGUAAAAACGAGGAGGUAUUGGCUGUACUUGGCCAUGAACUGGGGCACUGGAAGUUGGGACACACUGUAAAAAAUAUCAUUAUUAGUCAGAUGAAUUCUUUCCUGUGUUUUUUCUUGUUUGCUGUAUUAAUUGGUCGAAGGGAACUUUUUGCCGCCUUUGGUUUUUAUGACAGCCAACCCACUCUGAUCGGACUCUUGAUCAUCUUUCAGUUUAUUUUCUCACCUUACAAUGAGGUUCUGUCUUUCUGCCUAACAGUCCUGAGCCGCAGAUUUGAAUUUCAAGCCGACGCUUUUGCCAAGAAACUUGGGAAGGCUAAAGACUUAUAUUCUGCUUUGAUCAAGCUGAACAAAGAUAACCUAGGAUUCCCAGUGUCUGACUGGUUGUUUUCAACAUGGCACUAUUCACACCCUCCGCUUUUAGAGAGGCUUCAGGCUCUGAAAAACGCAAAACAAGACUGAGCCGCUCAGGUCCCAUGACUGAAUGCACUUCCUGUUACUUCUGUCCUGGCCGCAUGUUCCAGCUCUUGAUGUUUUUAAUUUUUUAAGAAAAAUGAUUACGUACAUAAAAGUCCAGAUUUAAAUACAUUUACUAUCUCAUUUCAAAAAUGAUUUUAAUAAUCCAUUUCUUAAAACACUGGAUGAAAUUUUGAGGCUUAAUAUUUUUAAAGCAUAGUUUUAUCUAUUAUCUGAUUUGCCAUCAGUUUGUAAAAUGAUUUAAGGAAAUG